AUGUCUAUCGUGGUCAACGAACUUCAGAGUAUGGCGCAGCAUGACGACACAGUUCAAGUUGCCUUUUUCUACUGCAACUACCGUGAGAAAACGACGAUUGAGGACAUAUUCGCAAGCUUCUUGAAGCAGCUCGUUCGUCCUCUGCCGUUGCCCUCCAGACUGAAAUCUCUUUAUGAGAUGCACAAAAAAAGUGAGAGUAAUCUCAGCCUCGAGGAGAUCUUAGAGCUUCUACGACUAGUCAUCUCUGAUCUUUCCAAAGUCUACUUUGUUAUCGAUGCACUUGACGAAUCUCAUCUACCCCUUCGCCAGCAACACUUGAUGGUUGCCAAGUUAUCUGAGUUUCAGGUUGAGCAUACUGUGGGCCUCCUUGCAACUUCCAGAGAUAAUCCAGAUAUUGUGGAUAUUUUUGAGACUUGCCCAAUUCUAAGAAUUCAAGCACAGAAUACGGAUUUAAAGAGUCUCCUCGACAAUUCACUACAAAAUCUCCCUCGUUGUGUCCAAGGGGACCCUAAGCUACAGGACGAGAUAUUAACUGCUAUUAUAGAUGCAGCUGAUGGAAUCUUGCAGCUUCGCUCGAUUGAAGAAGAUAAAAUGUCACCAAAUGAGGUUCGUAUCCAAUUGAGAAGCCUUCCUCGUGGCCUGGAUACAGCAUACAAAAAUACCUUGGACAGAAUCAGAAGUCAAUCUCCUGGAAAUGUUUCAAAAGCAAACGAAGUCCUGUCCUGGAUUGUGUGUGCAUCACGGCCACUAAGACCACUUGAGUUGCAACAGGGCAUUUCCAUUAUUCCUGGGAAAACCGAGUUUGAUGAGGACGAUCUCACGAACUUAGACGACUUACUCUCUCUAUGUGCAGGACUGGUUGUCAUUGAUGAGCAAACCGACUGUAUACGCCUGGCUCACUACACUGCACAGGAAUAUUUUGGAAAUAAUUGGGCUUAUUUUUUCCCGGACGCGCACCUCCAACUCAGCACCAAGUGCAUUUCUUACCUCUCUCUCAAUGUCUUUCGAACAGAGCCUCCCGCAUCACUAUCUGAGUACCUGGCCCGUAACAAUGAGUAUCUGCUUUACUCGUACUCUGCUGAAAAUUGGGGUCACCAUGCACGGCUUGCGUACAAUGAAAUCGAAGACUUGGUACACGCAUUUCUUAAAGGUAAAUUCACACUCAGAAUCUCACUUCAAGCCUUGCGUGAAGACCGCCUAUUCCCAAUAUAUAGCCGGACAGUUUUAAACAAAGUCUCUGUGAUACAUGCCGCAGCGUGGUUUGGCCUUGACGAGUGUAUACUUCUCCUUUUGAAAGAAGGUCAUCUUAUUGAUACCAGGGAUGACGAUGGUCAGACUGCAUUGCAUUGGGCUAUCAGGAAUGAACAAGCCAGCACAGUUGAAAUCCUUCUGCAGAAAGAUGCUGGCAUCAACGCCAUGGAUAGUGAAGGGAAAUCCUCACUUCAUCAUGCCAUUAAUCAACGCGAAACGCGCUUGCUCCAAAUCCUCGUGGCCAACGGUGCAAAUCUAGAGCUUGUGGACAACAAAGGUCAGACACCUCUGCUGAGCGCUGUGGAGGCUAUGUCAAUCCAUGCCACACAGAGUCUUCUCGAAAUGGGAGCAAAAAUUGGGGCUUUUAAUUUCAUGAAGCAAAAUGUCUUACACUUGGCUGCCAUGGCUGGGACGGACAAAGCUCUUCAGGUAACAAAAUUGCUUCUUUCCCACUGCGAGUACUCACGUCUCAGCGCAUGCGAUUCGAAUAACAUGACACCACUUCAUUAUGCCGUGGCCAAAGGGCAUCAAAAUCUCUCCAAAUUGCUACUUCGGAAUGGGGCAGACGUCAACAUCGGAGUGAAAAGGGGAUGUGGAGGCUACACGAUAGAACAGCGGGAUAUGACAAAUUCACCGGAAGACCAUCACCCAGGAUCCUCGUCUGCUCAUAGAAUUCACGGUCUAACCCACUACACUUUGCAGCACUCGCAGGCCAUCCAGGAAUGA